AUGUGUGCCAAAGCAUUCAUUCUUUUCUUCGCUCAAGCGCUCAUGGUUCAGACCAUAACUGCCUACUGCUUGGGCAACGGACUGGCCUACGAAGGUUCCUUGAUUGAUGGUGCUCCCUGCGGCUGCCAAUGGGGUGGCUUAGGCUUGGCUGGUUACGGUGCCGGUUGCGGUCUAGCUGCAGUUCCAACUGCUAGCGGCGGUGGUUUCCCUGUCGCCAGCGCGUCUCCCAUCCCGCCUGUUGGAGUAUCUGUUCUCUCAGAGAACGAGAUCGGAGGAAUCCUGUCUGCCUUUGGUGAACUUCCUUUCCUAGGCACCGUUGGUCUGGAGGGUGUGCUUCCAACUGCUGGCGCUGGUGCCGUCUCUUACAGUUGCGGAAACGGUGCCGUAGGUAUAAUAAGCGAAGACAUUUCCGCGUCCACUUUGGGCUACCCGGUCAACGCUGGAUUGGGUUACGGACCUGGUCUUGCUAACGGAUUCGGUUACGGUCCCGCUUUCGCUGGACGCGCCAUCGGAGGUUGCGGAUGCGGAGAUCUUCAAGCGAAUGCGACAGCAAUUCAUCAAUUGUAUCAAUUUGGAGGUGAGCGAGUUAGCCGAUUCAUUGGAAAUGAGACACCGAAAGAAAACCUCAUCCUUAGCGGAGUAUCUGAAAAGGCUGAUGAGAAUAAAGCUGGUAUUGUUACCACAAUAUUAAAAAACAACCUUGGUCUCAACGACAUCACAGCCUUCUCUUUUAUGGUUGUACACGGACUUGGAUCGACAUUUACGGGCCAAAGUAGGCCUGUACUUUUUAGACUUACUGAUUCAUCCCUCCGCUAUACACUUUGGAGGAAAAAGGCUUCACUUAAGGGCACACUCUUUGUACUUUCUGAAUUCCUAACUAAACAACGCAAAGCUGUAAUCAUGGAAGAACGCUAA